AGAGGAACCUUCUCUCUCAUCUGCUACUACGUGUGUGGGACAGCACAGCAUAUGCUUGCAUAGCUCUGUAUGUAUCCGGGUGGGAUGGACAUUAGGAGGUGUGCCAACGGAGGUGGUGCUGCUGCUGUGCACAGGAGAGAGGUGGGAGGGGAACCUUCUCCCCAUAUACACACACACGUUAUAGCAAAGUCAGCCCUGACUACAGCUGGGCAUCUCUCUCCAGCAACAAGGAGGAGGGGGCUGAAUCUUGUCACGCUGCCCAUUCAUUUCUAGGAAGCGGCGGGCACCGGUGUGCCUUGCAGCAACGGGACUGUGCCCAAGUGAUCAGCAGCGCAGCCUGGCAGUCACCCUCUGACAGACCUACGUGCACAGAGCAUGGAGGCAGUGCUGGGAGAAGAGAGGGCAGCAGGAAGCUGGAUGAGAUAGAAGAUUGCACGCAUAUAAACCCAAACUCUGCAACAAGACUGCAAACUCGGGUCACAGAGGGAGGGAGCAGCACUGUACCGUGCAUGGGUCUCCUGCUUCCCAGCUGAGGACAGAAAGCCAGCCUACUACUCUAUCCAGCAGCAGCAGCAGCGGCAGGGCCAUGGAGAAGGCUCAGCAAAGUGUAGGAGGCGGCAGCAGUAACAGUAGUAGUCGGAGCAGCAGCAGAGCUACCUCUGCAGGGUCCUCUCCCUCCUCUAGUGGCCGGGGGCUGGUGCCAGGCUCCGGGAGAGGUACCCAGCAGCAGCAGGCUGUGGCGCUGGCAGCGGCUGGGAAGCUGGAUGGUGGAGCUGCUACACAGGCAAGCAUGGGAGGAAGGGACCAGCAGCAGAAACAAGUCAUAAAGGGAGUGCUCAGCAAGUACACCAACCUCCUCCAGGGCUGGCAGAACAGAUAUUUUAUAUUGGACUUUGACUCUGGGAUCUUACAGUAUUUUGUCACAGAGGCAAGCAAAAAUCAGAAACCCAGAGGAUUCUUGUCUCUAGCUGGAUCAGUGAUUUCUUUAAGUGAUGAGGCACCCAACAUGAUAGUUGUAUAUUCUGCCAAUGGAGAAGUGUAUAAACUGAGAGCUGGUGAUUCCAAGGAGCUACAAUUCUGGUUGAGUCAGCUACAAGCAUGUGCCAAGUACCAUACUGAGACAAAGAGCUCAUUGUCUCAGAGAGCCAGAAGCCUUUCAUUACUUCCCCAUGGAACAUCCAUUUCCUCAUCCCCUGGGAGCCAGAGGCACCUGGCACACAGCGGCCCCAGCGUUGUCACCAUCACACAUCACAAGUCCCCUGCAGCUGCCCGAAGGUCCAAGAAUCAGAAUCCUGCCCAUCUACAUGAAGUCAAAGAGGUCAUGGCUGAGGUGGAAGGACAGCAGAAAAAUCUGGUGCAUGCUAUUGAAUCUCUAUCAGGCUCUGGCCCUCUUUCUGCCUUGGACCAGGAUUUGUUAUUGCUGAAAGCUACCUCAGCUGCCACCCUCAGCUGCCUUGGAGAAUGCCUCCACUUACUACAGCAGAGUGUAUACCAGGCUGGACAGAACAACAAGACUGUGAUGACAGAAAGCAUCCUGGGCUGGCACGGACCAAAAUCUCAUUCUACAGAAAAUCUCAAAAAUGAAAGUUUCAGCUCUUUGCCAUCUGCUACUGCCAACCUCACGUGGCCCAUACUGCCAAGCACGCCUAAGGACUACCAAAUACUAGACCAAGAUAUUGAGUCUGGUCCUCCGGAGGCUGAAGAUGAGCUGACGGACACAGAAGAUAAUGAGGAAAAAGAUUUAGGCGUCAUGGAUGAUCAGCGUAGUGUAAUCCUCCACCUUAUCUCACAGCUCAAGCUUGGAAUGGAUCUUACCAAGGUAGCGCUACCAACCUUUAUUUUGGAGAAAAGAUCCCUUCUGGAGAUGUAUGCAAACUUUAUGGCCCAUCCCGAUUUGUUUUUAUCCAUUGCAGCUGGGACAACCCCCGAGGAACGAAUGAUCAGCUUUGUGGAAUAUUACUUAACAUCUUUCCAUGAAGGCCGAAAGGGAGCAGUGGCUAAGAAGCCCUAUAACCCAGUUGUAGGUGAAACAUUUCAUUGCAGCUGGGAUGUUCCCAAGGACAAAGUGACACCUCGCAGAACUCACAGUGCCUGUGUACAAGCCAAAGAAACUAACACGGCCCAGGUAUCUGACAGUGAAUCAUACAAAGUGCGCUUUGUGGCUGAGCAGGUGUCUCAUCACCCACCUGUAUCGUGUUUUUAUUGUGAAUGCAAAGAGAAGAAUAUGUGUGUGAACACUCACAUAUGGACCAAAAGCAAAUUCCUUGGCAUGUCUGUUGGUGUUUCAAUGGUCGGAGAAGGGGUUCUCAAGCUGAUGGAGUAUGAUGAGGAAUACAUAUUUACUCUUCCCAGUGCCUAUGCUCGUUCCAUACUCACAGUUCCCUGGGUGGAGCUGGGAGGUAAAGUCAAUAUUACCUGCGCCAAGACAGGCUACACUGCCACCAUUACAUUCCAGACCAAGCCUUUCUAUGGAGGGAAAGUACACAGAGUCACAGCUGAGGUUAAACAUAACCCCACCAACACAAUAGUCUGUAAGGCCCAAGGGGAAUGGAAUGGAACUCUGGAAUUCACAUACAGCAGUGGAGAGACCAAAGUAAUUGACACCACAAAGCUUUCAGUCAUUAGGAAAAAAAUACGACCCGUGGAAAAACAAGGACCUUCUGAAUCAAGGCGUAUUUGGGAAAAUGUCACCAAUGCCCUAAAGUCAGAUGACAUUGAAGCAGCAACAGAGCACAAACACCAACUGGAGGAGAGACAAAGGACAGAAGCCAGGCAGAGGGCAUCCAUUAAUACACCAUGGAAGCCAAAAUAUUUUAUCAGAGAGGGAGAAGGCUGGGUAUAUGUGAACCCUUUAUGGAAAACACAUUGACGGCAGGAGGUCAACUUUCCCAGCAAGUUGUUCAUUGUUUGGAAGACGUGUGUCAUCACAAAGAACAGACGGGUACAAGAGAAAACUGCGAACAGUUAACAUAUCUCUGCUGCCACAAGUUUAAUAAGUAAAGGUCAUUUACGAACCACAAA